ACAGCGCGCUCCCGGAGGGAUCCAGGCCCCCGAACCUGACGCCCACUGCGCCCCCGGGCCUGCCCAGCGGCGCCCCCGCCACCUCACACUCAUCCUUAACUCUUCGCUCGCCGCUGGAGACUUACGGUCGCCUGCGUAGGGAGCCCGCACCCUGAACGGCUGGCGGCUGCCUCUGCUCUCGAUUUCCUGUGGGGACCACCGAGCACCCCUAGCCCGUUGGUCCUCAAGUCCGGGGCCACUAUAAGACGCCCCCUGAUUGGGGCGGAACCCGGUCCACGCAGGUUCCUGGAGUCCGGCUGCCAUUUCCCCCGACCCCACCCCAAUCGGGCCACCCGCCCGCCCCUGCGAAGCGCCCAGCGUAAGCCCCCUGCCAGGCCCAGGCAUCCCCCUCCCGCGGGGAUUCCGUCUCUAUUUGGAGGGAAGGGGAGACUCAGCGGAAGACCCGAGUUAUAAUUAGCCCCACUCGAGUUUCCUAGUUAAUCUCAGCACCAUCACCACCCUAUCUCAGGACGCCGGCGGCUGGGUGACCGCCGCGAGAGGGGGGGAGUUCCGACCCGGGGAAUUUUGAUCCUUUGGCUGGAGAUGCCGGAACCACAGCAGCUGCUGCCCCAAAAUAGCGCCCCCGCCCCUGCAGCGGGGGAUCUCCGGAGCUCCGUGAACACAGGCGUCCCGGUUCGCUCGUCAGACCCCUCUGCAAUGCCCGCAAGCCCCCAGACCCCCGCCCUAAGUUCCCGGCUUCUUUACUCCGGGCGGGGAGCGCCGAUAUUGUCUCGGUCUCUAGUGCCCCCCGCUGGCGGCAGCAUGCACAGCAGCAUCGGACGGACUGAGAACUGGAGUCCUGGGGUCCAAGGCUGGCGAAUCCGUUCUCUGAGGCUAGACGACAGGAGGCCCCGGCCCUGGCCAUCGGCAGAAGCGGCUGAGCCUUCACGCCACUGCGAGCGCCCCCAUCCGCCUCGCGUCAGCGAGGGCCCCGCCCCUGUUUUGUGGCCAGUACGUGGACUGCGGCCUCUGGUGCGGGUACCCGCACUGCUUGCUCGUACUGGGCCCAAACCAGUCCACCCAGCUGGGGGAAGGAGCAGCUGCCCGCCUGCCUUGGUAGCCAUGAGGCCCCCAUGCUGUCCCCUGCACACUCUCUUGCCAGCGUCCCCACUUCUUCUCCUCCUCCUCUUCCUCCUGGGAGGAGGGGCAGAAGCUGAGCACCCGGAGGACCCAGAGCUGCUUGUGACAGUGCGUGGGGGCCGUCUUCGUGGCAUCCGCGUAAUGGCCCCUGGGGGCCCUGUCUCUGCUUUUCUGGGCAUCCCCUUCGCAGAACCACCCGUGGGCCCCCGUCGCUUUCUGCCACCGGAGCCCAAGCGGCCCUGGUCAGGGAUACUGAAUGCCACAGCCUUCCAAAGUGUCUGCUACCAAUACGUGGACACCUUGUACCCUGGCUUUGAGGGCACGGAGAUGUGGAACCCCAACCGUGAGCUGAGUGAGAACUGCUUGUACCUCAACGUGUGGACACCAUACCCUCGACCUGCGUCCCCCGCCCCUGUCCUCGUCUGGAUCUAUGGGGGUGGCUUCUACAGUGGGGCCUCCUCCCUGGAUGUGUAUGAUGGCCGCUUCCUGGCCCAAGCAGAGGGGACUGUGCUGAUAUCCAUGAACUACCGGGUGGGAGCCUUUGGCUUCCUAGCCCUGCCAGGGAGCAGGGAGGCCCCAGGCAAUGUGGGUCUCCUGGACCAGAGGCUGGCCCUGCAGUGGGUACAGGAGAAUGUAGCAGCCUUCGGGGGGGACCCAAUGUCAGUGACUCUGUUUGGGGAGAGUGCAGGUGCCGCCUCCGUGGGCAUGCACCUUCUGUCCCCACCCAGCCGGAGUCUGUUCCACAGGGCUGUGCUGCAGAGCGGUGCACCCAAUGGGCCAUGGGCUACGGUGGGCAUGGGAGAGGCCCGCCGAAGGGCCACACUACUGGCCCGCCUUGUAGGCUGUCCCCCAGGUGGGGCUGGUAGCAAUGACACAGAGUUGGUUGCCUGCCUGCGGACACGGCCAGCUCAGGACCUGGUGGACCACGAGUGGCAUGUGCUGCCUCAGGAAAGCGUCUUCCGCUUCUCUUUUGUGCCUGUGAUAGACGGAGACUUCCUCAGUGACACGCCCGAGGCCCUCAUCAAUGCUGGAGACUUCCAGGGCCUGCAGGUGCUGGUGGGUGUGGUGAAGGAUGAGGGCUCCUAUUUUCUGGUUUACGGGGCCCCAGGCUUCAGCAAAGACAACGAGUCUCUCAUCAGCCGGGCACAGUUCCUGGCUGGGGUGCGGGUCGGGGUCCCCCAGGCAAGUGACCUGGCUGCCGAGGCUGUGGUGCUGCAUUACACAGACUGGCUGAACCCUGAGGACCCAGCACGCCUGAGAGAGGCCAUGAGCAAUGUGGUGGGCGACCACAAUGUCGUGUGCCCUGUGGCCCAACUGGCUGGGCGACUGGCUGCCCAAGGUGCUCGGGUCUAUGCCUACAUCUUUGAACACCGUGCGUCUACGCUCUCCUGGCCCCUCUGGAUGGGGGUGCCCCACGGCUACGAGAUCGAGUUCAUCUUUGGGCUCCCCCUGGAACCCUCGCUAAACUACACCAUCGAGGAGAGAGCCUUUGCCCAGCGACUGAUGAAAUACUGGGCCAACUUCGCCCGCACAGGGGACCCCAAUGACCCCCAGGACCCCAAGGCUCCGCAGUGGCCGCCGUACACGGGGAAAGCGCAGCAGUAUGUGAGCCUCAACUUGCGGCCGCUGGAGGUGCGGCGGGGGCUGCGCGCCCAGGCCUGUGCCUUCUGGAACGGCUUCCUACCCAAAUUGCUCAGCGCCACCGACACGCUGGACGAGGCAGAGCGCCAGUGGAAGGCCGAGUUCCACCGCUGGAGCUCCUACAUGGUGCACUGGAAGAACCAGUUUGACCAUUACAGCAAGCAGGAUCGCUGCUCAGACCUGUGACCCCGGCGGGACCCCCAAGUUCCACCACCACGCCCACCCUGCCCGGUCCCCUAGCUGUAUAUACUAUUUAUCUAAGGGCUGGGAUAUAACAGAGGAGCCCUAGACCUCGCCCGCCCCAACUCCCUCCCUCUCCCGGGGCUCCCAGUCUUCUGCGUCUUCUGCAUGUCUCGGCCGAGCCCCUACCCCGCGGUGCCUUCGCCCCUCUGGGCUGCCAAUAAACUGUUACAGCCAAA